AUGCUGCCUCUCCUGCUGGUCACUCUCUUUCUUGUCUCCUCCUCCUUCUCAGCGGGUGGAGGUAGCCCCCUCACUGAAGCCCUGUGGUUGCUGAAGACUGAGUUUGCCCUUCACCUCUACCGGAGUGCAGCAGCACAGAGAAAUGGGACAAACUUUGUCAUCUCACCUGCCAGUGUGUCCCUCUCCCUGGAGAUCCUGCAGUUUGGAGCCCGGGGUAACACUGGCUGGCAGCUGGCAAGUGCCCUGGGAUAUACUGUGCAAGACCCAAGAGUGAGAGAGUUCCUGCACAGUGUUUAUACCACACUGCACAACUCCAGUCAAGGCAUCGGGAUGGAGCUGGCCUGCACCCUUUUCAUCCACACCGGAGCAUCUCUGUCUCCCUGCUUUGUGCAGCAGGUCUCCCGGUGGGCCAACAGCAGUCUGGAGCCAGCUGACUUUGGUGAGCCCAACCGCACCACCAUGGAUGUCUCCAAAGGCACACCCAGACAGAGCAUGGGUGAGGGCCCGGGUAGCCCACUGUGGGGCCAGGCUGGUGCCCUGUCUACUCAGCUCUCCAUCAUGGGCACCAUGACCUUCCAAAGUACCUGGCAGAGGAGAUUCUCUUCCAUGGCCUCGCAGCCCCUGCCUUUCACCUGCGCCCAAGGCCUCGUCCUUCAAGUCCCUGCGAUGCACCAAGUGACAGAGGUCAGCUAUGGCCAGUUCCAGGAUGCUGCAGGCCAUAAGGUAAAUGUUCUGGAGCUGUUGUACCUGGGAAGGGUGGCCAGUUUGUUCCUGGUGCUUCCCCAAAACAAGGACACCCCUCUGGACCUAAUUGAACCACACCUCACAGCCAGAGUCAUCCACCUCUGGGCCACCAGGCUGAAGAGAACCAGGAUGGAUGUGUUCCUCCCCAGGUUUCGGAUCCAAAAUCAGUUUGACUUAAAAAGCAUUUUAAGAUCAUGGGGUAUCACUGAUCUGUUUGACCCACUCAAAGCUAACUUGAAAGGAAUUUCAGGCCAAGAUGGCUUUUAUGUUUCUGAAGCAACUCACAAGGCCAAGAUGGAGCUUUCAGAGGAGGGCACCAAGUCAUCUGCAGCCACAGCUGUGCUGCUGCUAAGGAGGUCGCGGACUCCUGCUUUUAAAGCAGAUCGGCCCUUCAUCUUUCUUCUGAGAGAACACAGCACAGGGUUUGUCUUCAGUAUUGGGAGACUUUCAAAUCCCCUUGACUAA